AUGACGAACAGUCCUCGUACAUCAACAGGAACAUUUGAUGGUGGUGGUGGACAUUCAAUUGUUGAGCAAACAACAGACAUAAUCAAUCGUUUUCGGAACAGUCUUAUUCGAAAUCGUAAAGAGCGCUUAUUAGAUGAAGAUGUUCAAGCAACAGAUAAUAUUGUUAAUCAAUUGCAUUUUAGUGAAUUGAUCGCGAAAGAAACUUUAGGAAAAUUAAUUCUGCAAGGAGAUUCAAUGCAACGAUCUUAUAGUUUAAUUAAUACAUUGCAAAAAGAAAUCAAAGAUAUAGCAGACGAUUUACAUGAAGUUCAUGGCGGAAAAUGUUGUGGUGCUUGCGCAAAUGGUACUCUGUUUGGUUUUGCCUGUUUUGGAUGCUUAAAUAGAAAGAAACAAAAAGGAAAAAGUAACAGGAAAAACAGGAAUCGGAAAAAGCUAUAUCGACAUAAAUUAAUAAAAACAAAUAAAACGUCUCAUGAUUUAAAUUCCAUUGAACAAAAUUUUGAUUCAUUUAGUAGAAUUCGUUGGAGUUCGGCAACAGAACGUGAAGAAAUGAUUACUAGAACACGUGUUUUAGCACGAGAACGACGAGAACAUGCCGAUUUUAUUCAAAUUCUUAAUCAAUUAAACGACAUUAAACGUAAAGAAUCAGAAGAAAAUGAUAAAAAAUUGAAUAAAACUAGGGAUUAUCUUUUACAGCAUCAUUCAUUAGCUUAUGGAUAUAUUGAUCAGCCUGAAUAUUUGAUGAAUGAAAUUGAUAUGGCAAUUAACUUUACUCAGUUAAAUACACACUUGGAUAAUUUAUUACAGAUGACUGAAAUAAUGACUGGUGAAGUUAAUAAACAUAAUAUUGUUAUUACUAAAAUUGAAGCACAAGCGAUGGAAAGUGGAAAUCUUCUAACUGAUUAUACAUUAUUUGGUCAUAAUAUAUUAGGUUCAUCGCCAACACAAAUUCAAACAGUAACAAAUACAAGUACAGACUCAUCAAGCUUUGGUGCGGCAUUAGGCAUAUCGACUGGACAAAAAGUACUUAUGAAUUCUGUAUUGUAG